UUUCGAAGUUGGAAAUGAAACUAGUCUUUCUCCUGUGUAUGAGCUUUGUGCUCGCUUCGGCAAAAACUCUUCCGGAGCGCUGUUACCGGAUAGCGUCCUACGGAGAUUGCGAUGAAUAUCAUCCAAUGUGGGCCUACUCGCAGUUCGAAAUGAAGUGCUUUCGGUUUGAUUACUCGGGUUGUGGCGGCAAUAACAACCGUUUCAACUCCCAGUCUGAGUGUCAAAGGAGUUGCUAUGAAAAAAGUGAAACAACAACGACGACGGUUUCGACAACGACAGAAAAGACAACGUUUCCUUCGGAGUUUUAUUGGUAGAAUUGUGCAAUGUACAAGUUCUCGUUUCGUAUUCGUUUUUAGCAAAACUUAUUACAAUUUGCUAGCCCUAAAUAAAAUCCUUGCUUCCAAUAUCUCAUAUUUAUACUAAAAUAUAUUUUGAAAAACAUUGAGGCGACUUGAGGCGGAAAUAAAAAACGUUCUACUCAAGGAA